UACAAUGAAGAUUUAGAAUUACUCAGCAAUUAAAAUAUCCCGUUGCAGUAACAAACAAGCAUGGCAUCAGGUGGAAGACCAGAAAGACAAGCUCCUCCUGAGAUAUUCUACAAUGAGGAUGAAGCAAAGAAAUAUUCUUCAAAUACACGUAUGAUAGAAAUACAAAGCCAGUUAUCAGAGAGAGCGUUGGAGCUGCUCCGACUCCCUGAUGAGCCCUGUUUUAUUCUAGAUGUCGGUUGUGGCUCAGGUUUGAGUGGUGAAACAGUAACAGAACAGGGUCAUUACUGGGUCGGCAUAGACAUCAGUUCACACAUGCUGGGUGUUGCUGUCGACCGUGAGGUAGAAGGGGAUCUGAUAGAGGGAGACAUGGGGUAUGGAAUCCCCUUUAGACCUGGAACUUUUGAUGGUGUCAUCAGUAUAUCAGCUUUACAGUGGUUAUGUAAUGCUGACAAAAAAUACCAUCAUCCACCAAAGAGAUUACUCAAAUUUUUCACUACACUGUAUGCUGCAGUUACCAGAGGUGGUAAAGCAGUGUUUCAACUUUAUCCAGAAAACAGUUCACAGCUGGAGCUGAUCACACAGCAGGCAAUGAAGGCUGGAUGGACUGGAGGUUUAGUGGUAGAUUAUCCCAACAGCACAAAGGCAAAAAAGAUGUUUCUGUGCCUCUUUGCUGGAGGUCAGCCUCAACAGCUACCCAAAGGACUAGGGGAGGGGGACUCAGUGUCUAGUCAUGCCUCAUUCACAGACAAAAGAGAGAGAAUGAAGAAUAUGAGAGGGAAAAACCCCAAGAGCAACCGAGACUGGAUUCUGGCAAAGAAAGAAAGAAGACGGCGACAGGGAAAAGAAGUUCGUGGACAUUCAAAGUACACAGGAAGAAAGAGAAAAGAUCGGUUUUAGCAGUAUGGGUUUAUAUUUGAAUGACGAAAGAAAGAUCCUUCAACUGUUUCAAAUGAUUUCAACUUACACCAACUACCAGAUAAAGAAAACAAAACAUUUGCAAAUGAUGAAGAGCAACUUCUUUUUUAGUUUUUGGUAUUUAAGGAUUUGAUUUUCGGUGAAACAGAUUGUGAAUAUUCACAUGAAGACAUCAAUGUAAAGAACAUCUGUGAAGUACAUGUGCGUGUAUGUGCUUUUUUGUUAAGUUUUCAGAAUAAAAUCAAUACUGUUAAUGUACCGGGUAUGUUUGUUAUAAAAAUAUACUUUUAUCAGGUGAUGAUGAGAUGCAAACAAAUUACUUUGAAAAGCAGUCUUUGCAAAAAUGCAAAGAAAUUGUUUUUGCAAAUUGUCACUCAUAUUAUGAUGUGUUGUUUUACACUUUAUAUGCCAGCUUUGAACGAUAAGAAAACUAUGUAUUACAUACAUUGAAAACUAAUAUACUAAUACGUGUAAUUAUGAUGAA